CCUCUUUCCUCGACAAACCUAGCCUCCUUUUUGCCCACUUUUUCCAGAUCUGAAAUCCUUGCCCAAAUCUGAGAUCUAAAAUUCCCCCACUUUCUCCUUCCUUCUCCUCCAAUCUUGCUCAAAUUUCUGUCCAAUUUUUCCACCACCGGCCCUACCUCACCGUCGCACCGGUGUUCCGGCAGUCCCCUUCCCCUCCGAAGGAUCCAGAAGUUGCGCCUCGUCGUGCUGAUCCUCCGACCGGCACGACUCUGACUUUGCUGUUCGAGGCCACGCGUCCGUCGUCGCCUUCCUCUGAACCUCGUCGUCUCCGGUACGUGCCUUCGUCUGGUUCAACCGCGCUGCUGCCCCGUUGACGCCAGGCUUUGUGCCGUGCUCUGCUCGCGAAGCUCCGCCUCUAGCCGUGCAUGCUCAUCCUCGCCGUCAAGUUCUCCACCACCGUGCUCUCCGAUACGGCGAUGCGCAUGUCCGCCCGCCGUUGCUGGUCGUGUCCGCGUCUCCAAGCUCUGCUUCAACUGCACCAGCGCCAUGCACAAGCCCGUCCGCGUCGCCGGUUCAGCACCAGCUCAAGUUCGCCGUCCCCCGUGUGCGCAGCCGCCUCCGGCCGCUUCCUCUGCGCGACGCCCGCCUCUCCAUGCUCGUCCACCUCUCUGUCUGUUUUCCGCAUCCUGAGGUCCAAGGCAUGGCCUUUUCCUUCGCCUCGAGUUUUCUGCAUCUCCAGGUCUCCUCUCCUGGCGGUUCUUCACCAACAGCAAUAGCUCCAUGAGCAGCACUCCAAGUCGGCAUCUUCCCCAAGCUUCCCUGCCGGGUACUGCUCCAGUACGUCUUCCUCGACCCGUCUCCUUCCCUGACACCGACAUGGUCUGCUCCUCUUCCUCACAACCGGACAUCCCCGCAUCUCCCGUAGCUUGGCACCACAUCGCUCCGACCCGCGCUGCUGUUCACCACCAAUCCCGAUGCAGCUCUCCCAGAUCGCCACACCGCGGCACCGCACCAGCAGCAUCGCGCACCCGGCCCAGCCCAGCCCAGCCCGGCCUCGUUUCGCUAGCUCCACCAAUAGCUGCCUUGCUUUGCUCCACCGCCCUCCUACCAGAUCUCCGCCCGCGUCGUCAGUUCUCUCUUCUGUUUUGUUUCGGACCCCAGCAGCAGCCAACGCUCGCUAUCCCUUUUUGCCGUUCGCCCGCAUGUUGUUCGACCAAAUGCCGACAUCCUUUUGCUGACCGACAUCCACAUGCGACAUCCAUGAAGGCAGUGCUGGAGGCUUCCUUCUUCCCUAUAAAAGAGGGUGCCAAGCUUCAGAAGAGGGGACACCAGCAACACACCAGGAGCACAACCAGCAAACACAUCCAGAGCCAUCAAGAGAGCAGAGCACGGAGUCGCUCCCUCUCUAGUAGUAGAUAGUAGUCCGUAAGAUAUAUCCUUGGAGCAAGAGUGAUAGCUUCCGGGGUGUAAGGUAAUUUCAGUUUUUGUAUCUAUGUUUGGGGUUUCCCGAAAGGGAAAACCGUAUGUAAGCAUGACUAGCUUAAUGAAGUGAGUUUCCUUUGUGUAAUUCUGGCCUUGUUGUGAGGAAUAUGUUUUUACGCUAGGGAUCCUAUAGGAGAAACCUCUAUGUGUAGUUCUUGUUUAAGCCUGCAUGAGGCGUUUGAAAAGAACCUGUAGCUGUAGAGAAGUGUUCCCUUUGGGUGGAACUGCCUGGGAAGACGGUAAAAACACGUCCGUAUAAUUAAGACUUUGAAUUGCUAAAAAGUAUGUCAUCUAUGUUAAUAUUAGUUUGCGAUGCAUAUGGUGAGUACCAAGUAGGGGUUACACAACCACUGCAUACACCGUAAGGCCGAACCUUUGGCUUCGCCAACCUCCAAGACCCUGCAAAAAAAUCCGCAAAAAUAAUCUUAGUGUUUAAGAAUAUUUAAUUUCGAAUUUAUUAGUAAAAUAUUUAAUUUAAUUAUCGUGUAAAUUUGUUAAUAUCUGUUAAUUUCAUGUAUAUAUAUAUAUAGAGAUGACCAAACAUGCAAAGGGACGAGAACUUUCAAUGUAAACAAGUUAAAUACAAGUUACCGAGGUGUCACUAUUUGGUGUUGUUGUAUGUAUUACCAAGCACGACACAAAAUUAGUGCCUUCUAUGAUCGUUUUCGACCCAGACGUUUUAGCUUAUCCUUUUUAUAUUCACGGUUUGUUUAAAUACAAUAAAAUCACAAAAAAUCAUAACAUAAUUCACAGACGAUGCUGCAAAAUAUCUCAGCAUAAACUCGAAUCUAUCACAUAACAUAGUAUCAAACUCAUACAUCGUAGCAGCACAAAGUUAAAAUUGACCCUAAUCAGUUUUGACACAUCCAUCACAUAAGUUUCCACAACAACUUCAACUAUGAUAUCAUAUAGUUUGUCUCACAUGAUCCCUCCACCACCUAGAAACAUAUUUGCAAGGGAAAGAAGUGUUGAUUGCUUAGCCUUCAUAGUCUGCCACAAAUUCCCGAUGAAGAAGAAACAAAAUGAAGUGUAGAUCACUUUGCUGCAAUGAGAGACAUAUGUAUGUGCAGUGUAUACACUAGAUAGAGUGUCAGACAUACUUUAAUUAUUGGCCAACCUAGAAAUAGGCUUACUUAUGGGCUGAGAAUCUCUCUUCCUCUACGUGAAAUUUCCCCGACCACGUCCAAAGCGGCACUGUUUCGAUGCUAGAAUUUUCUCAUAAUUUAUUUAUCUUCUAUUACUGAUGGCCACUGCUAGGAUCCGGCCGUCGGCAGCUCUCUCGUACCACAUCACUGCCGCCGCUACUUCCGCAGGCCAUCUGACGUCCUUCGUCUCGCCUAUGCGGCCAGCAGCUCUUUUUCGACCGCCGACGCUCAUCGACUCGCUAGGCACACAGCUUUGGCCGAGACCACCUCGUGCCUGCCUCGCAGACAAGGUGUUCGGCCAUAUGCCUUGGUAUGUUUUUUCUAGAUUUUUGCCUAGGUAAGUUAGAUAGGAUGUUAGAUUGUUUUAUUGCUUCAUUGUUUGACUCAUAAACUCCGGAUAGCGACGAUGAGUUGAUGAUCCAGCAACUGGUGCAAGAGGAAGCCGAUGCCGCCGCAGAUGAUGAUGAGCACUUGAGGACCAUCUCUUGUCUUGUACGUUUAUAAGAACAGCUGAAUGCCCCUCCCGGUAUGGAGGUUCGAGGCUUGGGAGGAGGAAGAACAAGAAUCGUCAUAGGAUGGAGGGUGCUUUGAUGCUAGAGGCCGACUAUUUUGCGGCGGCGCUUUAGGAUGAAGAAGGAGGUGUUCAUGCAGCUUGCGUAUGGUAUAAGGGAGUAUGAUGACUACUUCAUGUGCAAGAAAGAUUGCACCGGAAUGAUUGGUUUCUCAUUUGUUCAGAAAUGCACGGCUGCUUUGAGGUGUCUUCCAUAUGGAACUCCUCUAGAUGCACAAGACGAUUACCUCUGCAUGUCUGAGUCCACAUGCAUUGAGAGCAUGUACAGGUUUUGCCGGGCGAUGAUGCCAAUGUUUGGACCAACUUAUUUGAGAGCACCAAAUGAAGCAGACACAGAUCGGAUCUUGGCACAAAACGCAGCGAGAGGUUUCCUGGGAUGCUUGGAACCAUCGAUUGCAUGCAUGACAUGGAAGAAUUGUCCGUUCGCUUGGCAAGGGUUAUACAAAGGUCAUACUGGAGAAUGCAGUGCGGUACUUCAAGCUGCGCCAGAUUGUGAUAAGUGGAUUUGGCAUGGCGGGAUCUCACAAUGACAUCAACGUGCCGCAACGCUCUCCGGUGUUUGCGAGACUUGCUCCGGAGUGCAACUAUGAGAUCAAUGGUCACCAAUACACCAAAGGGUACUGCCUAGCUGAUGGCAUCUAUCCAAAAUGGCCGACAUUUGUGAAGACAAUCCCCAACCCUUUAGGUCAGAAAAAAUCACACUUUGCUUCGUGCUAGGAGAGUUGUAGGAAGGAUGUCGAGCGGGCAUUUGGUUUACUCGAAGCUCGUUUUGCUAGUGUUUGGUACCCUGCUCUUAUCUCGUCGACAGCUCAGAUGUGGGAGGUCAUGAAUGCCUGUAUCAUCAUGCACAACAUGCAUGAUCAUCGAGAGUGAGCGCGCUGCUCUCCAUUGAUUGAUGAUCAUCUCUAUGAUCGCCAGGGCCCUCUUGCCGUUAUUAAUCACUAGGUGUCGGCCGAGUUUGCUGAUUUUCUUGCCAUGCAUGCGGAAAUCCGUGACGAAGCUGUUCAUUGCCAAGUGCAAGAUGAUCUAGUAGAGCAUUUGUCAGUGCUCAAAGGAAACGCCGCCUGAGCCAAAGAUGGUAGCACAUGAUAAAACGAGUAGAUGCAUGCAAUUAACUGUAUGCGUUGCCUAAAGUGCAAGUUAUCCUUUUUUUUGUUUUGUUUUUCGGAUACCUUCCCCAACUCAUGGCACAGCUUUUGCAAGGUCCCCCUGUCCGUUUCUCCAAAUGAAAGUGAGCGCCAGACUAGAGAAUAUUUAAAGACGUACGCCUAGUGAUGUGUGACAGUGAGGCUGCAGGGACGGCGAGCUAACUAUAUAUGUACGCACAUACACGGAGAGCCCACAGUAGACGUCAGCAAUUAAUACUAUAUGCCAAUGGAUCAGAUGAAGCGCCCUGAGCUGCUGAUGGCUGUUCGGGAGGGAGAUUCGCCGGUGCGACUAAUAAGUGAUCUUCUUAGCUGCAACAAUGAGACGGCCAUCACCAUCGACAAGGACGACAGCGUGCACCCCGCGGAGGCGGUCACUUCCGGCCUGGACUCCAUCCUCCACGUGGUCGCGUCCGCUGGAGACAGCGCUGGGCUCUUGGCGAGCGCAAGCAUGAUCCACAGCAAGGCCAGGCACCUCCUCGUCGCAACCAACCGCCGGGGCGACACGCCUCUGCACUGUGCCGCGAGAGACGGGAGGAUCGAGAUGGUCUCUCACCUCAUCCAGCUGGCGAGAGCCGAGGCUGGCGACGAUGGGGUGAAGGCCAUGCUGAGGAAGCAGAACAGGCAGCGCGAGACGGCGCUGCAUGAGGCCCUCCGCCUGCCUGGUGAGCAGAUGGCGGGGGAGAUGGUGGGGAGGUUGAUGUCGGCGGAUCCGCAGCUCGCUCGUGUACCGGAGGUGUUUGGCGCCUCCCCCUUGUACCUGGCCGUGUCGCUGGGACUAUAUAACGUUGCGAGGCAACUGCAUGACAAGGACGAGGGGCUCUCCUACUGUGGACCACGUGGACGAAACGUCAUGCACGCUGCGGUUCUCCAUCCAAACACACGGAUGACAGACGUGCUGAUAAAUUGGGGAGAACACGGCCUUAUCAAACAAGGGGACCAACCCGAUGGGAAUACGCCUCUGCACUUGGCAGCGUCAUGUGGGGAACCUGGAAUGGUCAAGCUGUUGCUCGACGCCGAUAAAUCAUCAGCGUAUCAGUUCGACAACAAGGGGUCACUCCCCAUACAUGUGGCGGCCAUGGAAAACGUGGGCGAAGUAGUCCGCGUCUUCCUCAACAAGUGUCCCAGCUGCGCCGAGGUACGGGACGCUGAGGGCAGAACCUUCCUGCACAUCGCCAUCUUGGAGAGGAACUCCGAUGUGGUAUCGACCGUUUUCAGUUUUUUCCGAGGGCGCCAGCAGCUGGAAAGGUUUGAGACGAUCGUGAACAUGAGGGACCGUGAUGGCAACACCGGGCUACACCUGGCUGUCCAGAAGGAGAGUGACGAGAUUUUCUAUUGUUUGCUGUGGAACAAGGGGGUCCUGUUAAAUUUGCGGAAUAGCAUGGGAAGAACCGCGAUGGAUCUUGCGAAGAAGCCCACCAGUCUUAGAUCUUUAUUGGAUCCGACGUGUACUUGGAUUAUGCUGCUGCGGGCUGCCGGUGCUGAAUAUGGAGCUCAUCACCAGGACCAUCUUGACCUCGAUGUGAAGAAAGAAGCAACUGUGAUCUCGGAGUCUACUAUACAGACCAAUGGAGCUCAUCACCAGGACCGUCUUGACCUCGAUGCGAAGAAAAAAGAGAAAGAAGCAACUCAGCCUUCGCCAUGCCCGGUGGGUACCGAGCUGGCGACGAAACGAUGGCUGGCACGCCGGUGCUCGCCACCCGCGCGCUCCGCUUUCCAGGGUUUCGUCGUCGCCAACAACCUAGCGCUGCUUUGCUCCGCCCUGGCCACCGUCUGCCUAGGGUACGCCGUGAUGACCAGGAGCGUGAUUGUCUUCGACAUCUCCAUGUACCUCAUUCACUGCUCAUUCCGGAGCCUGGCAGCCGCAUUUGCGUUCGGUAUGGACGCGGCGCUUUCGCCGGUUGCUCGCGUUACUGCUCUCCUGACAUGGAUUGGUAUGACAUUGACCUACACUGAUGUCGUUUGGCUUACGUACAAGCUAGCGUGGCCACUGUUGAAGCUGCGUAAAAGGCUGAGUAACCGCGCAUGGUUCGGCGCUGCCGCUAUGAUCCUUUGCUCGAUCGUAGGGACACUAUGGCCUUACGUGAUAAUCCUCAGCGUGUUAGCAUAUUACAAGAUCCACGGAAUCCAUGGACAGUGA